GCGGAUCUAAACGCACGUGCCACAUCGUCCUGCCAAGAUCCGAGAGAGCGACGGGAUACCUUUUGGGAUAAGCAGGGUGAUCGCCGCGAUGAUCAGAUAUCUCAUCUUUUUUUUCGCAAUGUCGAGCGCUGCUCUGGCGGCUCCGCAGUGGUACGGGCCUCACGCUUCUCCGGCGCCGUUGGGGCCCGACGGUCGCGUGGUGGACACGCCGGAAGUCGCGCAGCUGAAGGCUGCUCACUUGACCGCUCUGGCGGAGGCUAAUGCACGGGCGCCGAAGGGACCGGGACCAAUCGGUGGUUACGCCGGACCCAGCGGUUACCCUGGGCCUGGUAGCUACGCUUCCGGAAAUUAUAUUUCACAUUACAGCGGACCACCGGCCCCGCUGGGCCCAGACGGUCGCGUAGUCGACACGCCCGAGGUCCAGCAAGCCAAGGCCGUGCAUUUCUCUCUCUACAAUGCGGAAGCGCGGCGCGUGCCAGCCGGUCCAGCCGAUCCAGUUGCCGUGGGUGCCUACGAUCCAUCCUGGAACAAUGGCGCCUACAAUCCCGCCUGGGAUGGCCCGGGCAGCGGCUACUAUUAAUUCGACUGGAAACGAUGUGGAAACGAUCGGACGAUCAGGGCAAACGCGCGGAACGAAAAUCCGCACUUCCGCUCGUUUGAUUGGACGUCGUAGAUCGCGCUGGACCGUCCGCUGAUUCUCGACCGCCCCCCUUUUUCCCCAGCUACCUCAAGAAUUGGAAGACUAAGAUGUUACUAACUACCUCUCUGAUCAGUAUCGAACACACGGUUCUCCCACGCCGAUCCUCCGAUCGCAUCUUCCCGCCUGCAUCUUUAGCGCCGCAUCUCCUACUUGUCGCGCGCGAGUGCGAACACUUCCGGUGUAUAUGGUGUAUAAAAAAAUAUAUAUAUGCAUAUGACAGUGAUAUUAAGAAAAA